AUUUUGGUAUUAAACGGCUUCAAGUAUCGUAGUGUCCGGAUUUAGUUAGUGUCAUUUUAUUCCUAAAAUUAGUUUUAAAAUGUCUAUUAAAUGUUGCGCAGCCGGUUGCCGGAGUAACAGUGAUCAUCAAGGUCAGACAUUCACAUUUUUCCAGUUUCCAGACGAAAAGGCGAAAUGUGAUGUCUGGCUAGAAAGUAUUGGUCGAGAGGAUUUGAAGUAUCUGUCAGCGGCCGACCUGUUUGCUCAGUAUUACGUCUGCUCUCAUCAUUUCGAUGAGGCCUAUGUUCAGGCUGCUUACAGUGAUGAUGCAGCUUAUGGAAAUGGUGAAGAUACUAAAGUCAUGCAAAUUGAAGAGCCAAUGACAAGUGACCAAGCCAUCGACAGCACUAUUGACGAGAACAUUGUAAUGGAAGACGGCAUUGAUGUUCUGAACGGGUGUAAAAAUAGGCAGCUCGUAUUUGUUGAAGGGGUUGGUCCCGUUUUUGUGAAAGGAGAAAAAGAUAAUUUGGAGUCCCCACCGCCAAGAUUAGGAACUACGGCCUUAGAACGCUCCUCGUAUAUUUAUCAUUCAAGCUUUGCCAGCAGUAAAAACCAUAGCAGCCAAAAAUUUACUACUGCUGUUACUAGUUCGACUAGUACUGCUACAAGAUCUCAAAUCUACAAUCCGAAGGUUCAGAAAGUUGUCAACAAUGAUGGCAAGCUUUUAAUCUACGUCUGCGAAGAUAGCGAGUCGUCCGAUGUUUCAGCUGCCGCUUCUAACAUCAUGGCUAAUGGCGUAGAAGCUGGUAGCAGUGUUGGCUUAACAGCUGGUAAUCUUAUCUAUAUGAAGCCAGGAACUAAUGAUCUUCUGCAAGCAGGUCUCGGAAGCGAUCCAGGAAAGCAGACAAAGGCAUCUGCAUCAACGCUGAACAACAGCAGCAGCAGCAGCAUUAAAAAACAUCACCUAACAAAAAGAAAUGGUCUCGCAACGGGCACGGCGCAGUCUACGUUCUUACUAGUUACUAAAACAUCUCCUGUCUCAGCAGCAGCAGCAGUAUCAGCGGUGACGGCAACUGCGACGGUCGACAACGCAUUCAAAAUGGAGAAGGAGGACGAGAUGGAGUAUUUGAAUGCAGCAGCAGAGCAUUCAGACAUCUUAGUAAAUGGCAUCGACCACAACGACGAUGACGAAGGGGAUGAUCUGUCAAACUGCAAAACAUUCCUCUGCCACACCUGUGGCCAGGACUUCACUGACAUAAACCAGCUGUCGAAGCACAUGUACUGCCACAACAACCUCGCCCUGACUCCCGAUGACGCUUACGACGAGUACGACGGUGAAGCUGCCGUAGUCGACGACGACGACGGUAAUGAUAAUAGUAAUAAUGACGCCACAGGUGGUGAUGAUGAUGAUUCCGCCGGGGUGUAUAACAACGUCAUAAGAGAGGAGGACGAUUCGCUGAUUUUUAAGUGUGCUUCCUGUGGAAUGGCCUUCAACAUGUUCGACCAGUUAAGGAUCCAUGUCCGAAGCCACGUGCAGUCUCGAAACUACAGCUGCGACGUUUGUGGCGCUACCUUCAGCCACAGAAGUAAUCUCAGUAGACACAAGCUGCAGCAUUGCGCGGCCAAGAAGUUUCAGUGCGACCAGUGCGGCAAAGGUUUUACUCAGAAGUCGAAUCUCAUGUCUCAUCAAUCGAUGGUUCACUACAAUACUGGCAGUGAUAGUGUUGCCCUAUCAACUCUCAGCUUUUCUGGUAGGUCUGGGGCCGAGAGGAUUCAUAGAAAACCUAAGACACAUAGCUGCGACAUUUGUGGCAAAUCGUUCGUUAGUUUGACGGGUCUGAAAAAUCACGGAGCCCUGCAUACGGGGAACCGCCCCUUCAAAUGCGCCAUCUGUGAAAAGGCCUUCACCUUGAUGUCCUGCCUGAAGACGCACAUGGGCACCAUCCACACCGAUAAGAAGAUCUACUGCGAGCUGUGUGGCAAAACUUACCAGAGUGAACAUUACCUGAAGGUGCACCUACGUAUCCAUACGGGGACGAAAGAUUUUGAGUGCGAGAUGUGCUCCAAGAGAUUCAUCGACAUGCCAUCCCUGAAACUCCACACCAGAACUCACACAGGGGAAAAACCGUUUGUUUGCAAGAUGUGCGCUAGAUCAUUCACGCAACAGUCCCACCUGAAGACGCACAUGCGAAUCCACACUGGCGAGAAGCCGUACGAUUGCAAGGAUUGCGGCAAAAAGUUUAGGCAGCUGAGCAACGUCUUAGAACACGCUCGAACCCACAGAAAGUAAUGGAGAUUCUGGCCAAAAGUUUAUGCACUCAAGCAAUAUUCUAGUCUAGAACCUAUAGAAUAUCGUGAUUUGAGUGUGUUUGUUUGUGUGUGUGUGUUUUUAGCAGCUGUGAAUGUAGUUUGUAUAAGUUUGUAUGCUAAUGUAUAAGCUUAUUUAUAUACUGAUAUAUCUGCAGGCUAAAAAUGUAUGUGUUUGUAUGCUUAUAUGUAUGUGUAUGUAUACAGUUGUAUGUGUAUUUAUACAGUUGUAUGUGUAUGAUUGUAUGUUUAGGUGUAUGUCUGUUGUAUGCCUAUGUAUAUAUUUGUAUGUAUUGUUGUAUGUGUAUUUAUGUCCGUUAUUCUACGUACCUACUUUUAACAGUUUAAUUUAACCAUAUGGAAUUUUAUAAAUGAAUGAAUUAUUGGAUAAAGGAUUGAUUGACUGAAUGAGUGAAUGAAUUAAUUAAUAUUGUAUUAGUUAAUGAGUUAAUUGAUAGAAAGAUUUUUCAUUAUAUGUGUUAAGGUUGAUGUGUAUAUUAAAUUUAUCAUUGGUUAGUAUUGUUGUAAAUAAUAUUUAAUUGAAUAUUUGAUUAAUUAAUUGGUUAGCUAACUGACAAAUUGAUUGAUUGAUUGACUGAUUUAUUGAUUGAUUAAUUGAUUAAUUGAUUGAUGAAUCGUUGAUUAUUGACAUGUACUUUGAACUCUAGCACAUUGAAAACUUACUUGAAUAACUUGUCUCCAUUAUUUUAUUGUAAUGAGUAAAAUAUCUUAAAACUGCAUUCGCUAAUAAUCUUUUUAAUAAUAAUAAUGAAAAUAAUAAUAAAUGCAAUAAUAUUAAUAAUAAUAAAUAAAAAUAAUAACGACACCGAUAUUAUCAU